CCCAAUACACAAAAACAAUCCCCCAAAUACAACAACACAAACCCUAGAAAAAAAAAAAUCACUAUGGCACCAAAGAAAAGACCCAAUAUGGAGCAAGCAAAACCCAUUUCAACUCGUGUGACCCGAAGUUCAACCCGAAAUGGCAACACAAAGCCCAUUUCAUCCGACCCGGAACCACCAAAACCUAAACGGGUCAAGAAAACACCAAUUUCUGAGCCCAAACCCGAAUUGAAAACCGGGUCAAAGGGUAUUGUUGUUGUUGAGCAUUGUAAACAGUGUAAUCAAUUCAAGAUUAGGGCUGUGAAAGUGAAAGAGGAAUUGGAAAAUGGAGUACCCGGUUUGGAAGUUCGGGUCAACCCGGAAAAGCCCAGAAGGGGUUGCUUUGAGAUUCGUUUAGAUGGUGAAAAUGGUGAGAAAUUUGUUAGUCUUUUGGAUAUGAAGAGGCCAUUUGGACCAAUGAAAGCACUUGAUAUGGACAAGGUCAUUUCUGACAUUAUUGAAAAGAUUAAGUGAUUAAGGGUGUGUUUAUUAGGGUUUUUUGGGGGGAUUUAGGGUUUGUUAUGAUGAUUUAUGAGGUGUUUUUGUUUGGAUUGGGGGUAUGAAUUUUGUGUUCUGUUUGGUUAAAUGUGCUUGUAUUUUCAAUCCAUUGUAGUAGCAACCCCUUUGGAAAAGGAAAAGAAUCUAUUAUGAA